AGUUGUGAUUGGGACGUGUUGACGAAUACUCAACUCGGUGCUCACCGCACGGCCGUCCUCAUACGUGACCUCGCCCUUGCCUUAUCACUUAUCACUGCGUUUAUCGAUUAACGCACACAAUCUUCGAUAAUGUCGACGAUUGAAUGUUUAUACAGUAUUCAUUAUACCUUGGAUCGCUAGAUUUUUCAGUAAAACCGUGUGUUCGGAUCGAAUUAAUAUUCAAAUGUUAGUUGUAUGCAACUGUUUUCUGCAUUUUCCUUUGGCGUAGGUCGGUGUUUACUCGGUUUACGUGUAGGCUGUGAUUAUGGCGGUUUGAUCUCAGUGUUGAACUAGUGGGUGUUUUAUUUCUAAAAAACAAGCUCACGAUUGGUCGAAGAUGGAUCGGACAAUGUACGGCAAGGUGCUGCCAGGCACUUAUUAUCCAUUCCGCUGCGCUAUGAAGGAGAACGGAAUAUCGCCCGGCUAUGCUCUGCUCGCGGAUCUCCAGAACUCUAUAAACCCUGGCGCCCGCGUCGGCAGUCCCGGUGGCCGAACCGGUUCCCCGGGCGGUCGCACCGUGUCUCCGGGCCGGACGGUGUCGCCGGGCCGGGGCGCGUCACCCGGACGGCUCAGCUCGCCCGGUGGCAGCCUCUCAUCCCCCACCUCUACUGGCUACGGUUCCAUAAACGGCUCUAGAAAUAUCAGUACAGAUUACAACAAACCUGGCUCGCCUACAUACCAGAACACGGAUUCACUAGAAAGAACCAUACCCGUCAAAACUUACGGCAGCAGCCAGGCUAGCUAUGGUGGCCACACACCCACCUACAACACGGGACAGUCCGGAUACGGUCGGACAACCGGACGCGGCAACAUGUCCGAACUCGACACCCUGCUUGACGAUUUGAGCAACGCACGAUAUGGCAACUAUACAGACAAACUGCAGUACAACGAUCGGACGGUGACAGACGGGUACGCACGCACCAACGGCGCAACCAGUCCAGCGUCCUCGAGGCCCACAGUCGACUCUUUGUUAGAUCAACUUAGUGCAGAUGUCACCAAUGGGAGGGCGUCGACGUCUCCAAUUCCACCGUCAUCGGGCACACUCCCUCGGCCUGGUACCAAACACGUGACGGUGACUGUACAAGAGACUGUGGUGGAGCCGUCGCAGCCUCAGCCACCACCGCCACUGCAGCCGCCCGCGUCGAUAGCGCGCCAUCACCAUCACGCCUCAAGCGCCACUAAAGAGCUGGACGAUCUGAUGGCAUCGCUGUCUGACUUCAAGGUUAGCGGCGCAGGAGGCGAGGGUGGAACCCACGUGUACCGUGAGAGGCGCGCGUGGCAAGAACAAUAUCGCAGCAGCCCCAGGCAACCAGAACCAGCCUCGCUCGAGCAUAUGCUCGGAUCCCUCCGGGCAGACAUGAGCCGCCAAGGAGUCCAAACCCCCCAGAAGGGGUGCUGCAAUGCCUGCGAAAAGCCCAUCGUCGGACAGGUGAUAACCGCGUUGGGUCGCACUUGGCACCCUGAGCACUUUACAUGCGCGCACUGCAACCAGGAAUUGGGCACGAGGAACUUCUUCGAGCGUGACGGUCGGCCGUACUGCGAGCCCGACUACCACAAUCUGUUCUCGCCCAGAUGCGCCUACUGCAACGGACCUAUAUUGGAUAAAUGCGUGACCGCCCUCGAGAAGACCUGGCACACGGAACAUUUCUUCUGUGCACAGUGCGGGCAACAGUUCGGCGAGGACGGUUUCCACGAGAGGGACGGAAAGCCAUAUUGCCGCGCUGAUUAUUUCGAUAUGUUUGCGCCCAAGUGCGGCGGCUGCAAUAAGCCCAUCAUGGAGAAUUACAUCUCUGCGCUCAACACACAGUGGCAUCCAGACUGCUUCGUCUGCAAGGAGUGCCGUGAACCUUUCCACGGUGGUUCAUUCUUCGAACACGAAGGCCAGCCGUACUGUGAGACUCAUUAUCACGGUAAACGUGGCUCCCUAUGCGCUGGCUGUCAUAAGCCUAUAGCUGGCCGCUGCAUCACGGCGAUGUUCCGCAAGUUCCACCCGGAACAUUUCGUCUGCGCCUUCUGUCUCCGUCAACUGAACAAGGGCACGUUCAAAGAACAAAACGACAAACCUUACUGCCAUACCUGCUUCGAUAAACUCUUCGGUUAGGCGAUAGAUGGCGCGCUCGCAUAGAAAUGUAUAAAGAUUUAUGAAGUUCAAAACUUUGUUGUGAAAGCGAAACGUUAUAUUGGCUGUCAAGGGAUGGCGCUAGUGUUUUGUGUGUAUAAAAAUACUUUGAUGUACAGAAAGAUACAAUUUACAUGGCUCACCGAUAUAACUGCGCAGAAUCAUUCAAGGCCAACCAUACUGAUUCAAGUUGAAAGCAAAUUUAUGUAGCAAGACGCGUGAUUAUAAUAUAUUGUAUAUUUUUAUUAAUCAAUUUAGAAGACUAACGCCAUCUAUUGACACGUUACAGUGAAACUCAUAAAGCUCACGACGUUCGUGACCUGAAACUGCGAUAUCAUAAAUUGAAACCAUUACGAUAAGAAAAAUCUACUUUAAAGGUACAAUU